AAAUUUAAUAUUCCGAAUUGAAAACAUAAGAUAUAACAACAUAAUUAAGCCAUUGGCUCAAGUACAAUUUGCAACACUUUGUGCAAUAAGAGUGUUUUUGUUUUGUAAUUAACUUAAGAAUUUAUCACUUCAUCUAAUUCGUCAUGAACUAGCGAAUUUUCUUGAUCUGAUUUAUCAUCCGACGAAACUUAUGAGGCUUCAUGGAUGCUAUCGAGAAAAUACGUGUGUAACAAACCCAUAAGGAACCCAUUCCAAUAAAACCUCCCAAAAGCGAGUAACAUGUCGAACAAGAACUUCCUUAACUCCAUAUACCUAAAGCGUUUUUUGAAGACUUGUUACGAUUUGUCUUCAGUUUCUAUCUUUAUAACGAUGUCUUGGUUUGUUGUCUUUAAUUUGUUGCAAUACUUUUGGAACUUUUCUGCCACGGUCCAUCAUACUUAAUGAUGGAGCUUUGCUGCUUAUUGCUUAUGAAAAGAACCAAAAAAAUUAAUAAGAGACGUAAAAAAGUAGCAAACUUUAUCGUCCUAUAACUUCUUUUGGUCCUUCACUUUAGCUUAUGUCCUCAAGCUUCUUUUAAAUGUCAACAUCUUUACCACAUUAUUUUAUUAUCCGCCAUAUCUAAAUAUAUUUGUUAUCAUAAAGUACACAAUAUCCACGAGUAUUUAAUAUUUAACAUUAUCAUGAUACAUGCAUCUCCUCUUUUUCCACAACCACUUGUGCAUGCAUAUACCUAAAGAAAUGAUUUGUUUUUUCUUAUUUAUUAUCCUGCAACACUAUUGGUUCCUCUGCUCUGGCUCAUGGAGGAAACCACCAGAGAAAUGUUCUCACCACCUAAUUUACCUCUUGAAAUGAUGGAAGAGAUUCUCUUAAGACUACCCGUAAAGUCUUUGACGCGUUUCAAAUGUGUUUGCAGCUCAUGGAGAUCUUUGAUCUCAGAGACUCUGUUUUCUCUGAAACACGCUUUGAUCUUGGAGGCGUUGAAGGCAACCACUUCCAAGAAGAGUCCUUACGGAGUCAUCACAACUUCUCGGUACCAUCUCAAGUCGUGUUGUGUCAAUUCUCUGUACAACGAGUCAACGGUCAACGUUUUUGAACAUGAUGGUGAGCUUUUAGGAAGAGAUUACUAUCAAGUCGUGGGGACUUGUCAUGGAUUGGUUUGUUUCCACGUAGAUUACGAAAAAAGCCUCUACUUGUGGAACCCAACCAUCAAGGUUCAACAAAGAUUGCCUGGUUCGGAUCUUGAAACGAGCGAUGAUGAGUUUGUUGUAACGUAUGGGUUUGGUUAUGAUGAAUCUGAAGAUGACUAUAAAGUGGUUGCAUUGUUGCAAAAAAGACACCAAAUGAAGACAGAGGCAAAGAUCUACUCAACGAGACAAAAGCUAUGGAGUAGCAACACGUGUUUCCCAUCUGGAGUUGUUGUUGCUGACAAAUCAAGAUCCGGAGUCUACAUCAACGGGACACUAAAUUGGGCAGCCACUUCCUCAUCAUCACCAUGGACCAUCAUAUCAUAUGAUAUGUCACGCGAUGAGUUCAAACAACUUCCUGGGCCAGUUUAUUGUAGCAGAGGAUGUUUUACAAUGACGCUUGGAGAUUUGAGAGGAUGUCUUUCGAUGGUGUGUUAUUGCAAAGGAGCUAACGCAGAUAUUUGGGUGAUGAAGGAGUUUGGAGAAGGAGAAUCUUGGUCUAAACUCUUGAGCAUUCCUGGUUUGACUGACUUUGUUCGACCGCUAUGGAUCUCAGACGGUUUAGUGGUUUUAUUGGAGUUUAGAUCCGGUUUAGCUCUCUAUAACUGUGCCAAUGGAGGGUUUCAGUACCCAGUUUCAGACAGCUUAAGUGGUUGUCGCGACGCCAAAGUUUAUGUCAAGACAAUGGUUUCUCCAAAUGAUCUUUGACCUCUCCAAAUAUUAUGGCUGGUCAACAUUUCUGAAUGUUAUCUUUUUUUUUGUAAAGUAGGAACAAAUUCGAUUUAUUUAGUUCUAUUCGAUAACACUAAGAUUUUUCAAAUUCAGUUGUUAGAAAAGAAACAGUGCCAAUACAAAAAUUU